GUUGUAAGUGGAUCGUGCAUUAUUAUUUUUAUGCUUUUCAAGAGUAAUUGCUGUUGAAAUAUACUAUAAUCUAAAAGUUUUAUUUGGACUUUGGAACUGAUUUUUGUGGCGCUAUUUGAUCAUAAAGUGUAUUCAGUUUAUCACAAGACGACCCCGGUGUGCAGCGACUAUGGAAUACGGAAUGUUCAAUGGUGCCAUGAACGUGAAUCAGCGGGCUCCACUUCUAGACAGCAGUUUUCAAAUCUUACAUGAUUAUUAAGCUACAUUCCGUUCCGUAUUUCAAGCUAUUGUGAGAUGGAACCUUAUCAGCUGAUAACUAGAUAUGAAUCAUUAAAUGGAAGGAAAUGGUUACCUAAUUCCUUUUAUAACGAGGCCCUUGACAAACUCGGCUAUACAAAGGAGCGUUUGGAGGAAAGAGUCAAAAUAUAUGACAAUGGAGCCGAAGGUAUUGCCAGAGUAGCAUGUAGAAACUAUCCAGAAAGCAUAAAUGUUAUUAUUCCCGGAAGUCGUGGCGAAGGAAUGACAGUUUCAUGGAAAAGUGAUUUAGAUUUGAUGUUUGUUCAGCCAGCAGUUAGAUGUUUUGAAAUUUAUCCAACGACAGAUUUCAAAGCAGUUGAAAACUGCGUGGCAGCCUUUGAACUUGAUUUAGAUGAUGUUCCCGCAGGAUAUACAAAAUUACAUUUAAAACAUGUUGUAAGGUCCAGGGAAUAUAUCUCACUUACAUCAAGAAUUCAGGAAUCAUUGACGGACAACGAUUAUUUGAAAAAUGGCCAAAGAUUGAUUGAAGCGGUAGAGUAUGGUUGCAAACAUGUAAAAGUAGAAGGUUGGAUCAGCGAAAAUUACCAGUGUGAUGAUGUAACUGGACCUGCACAACCACGUCAGUUUCCUCUUCCAUAUCCGAACUGCUAUGUGUCUAUAGACUUUGUUCAAGCAUUUCCCUGUGCGUACCAAUCGGUAUUAUAUGAUUGGUUUAAACGAGAGAGACAAAAUGCCUGGCCUAGUUCAGAUGACCUGAAUGCAGUGAAAGAAACAGAUGUAUUUGUUGUAUCUGUUGGGUUGUCCGGCAGUAAAGAGGAGAAUUUGCAAUGGAGAAUUUCUUUAACACUUGCAGAGAGAUCUCUGGUACGCUCAUUCAAUGACACGCAGAUAAAGGUGUAUGCUGCAAUGAAAAUGCUGGCGAAACAUGAACUGAAACCAUUAUGCGCUAAUAUCACUUCAUACAUAGUGAAAAACCUGAUCUUCUGGGUGUUUGAAAAGAGAUCGGGCACAUUUCAGAGACACGAAUUCGUUGAGAUAUUAUUGCAGACGCUGAUAUUCUUGAAAGAUUGUAUAACUUUUGGAUGCAUUCCAAAUUACAUGAUUCCGUCUAGGAAUUUGUUACGAGGCAAAGUCUCACAAGAGGAAGCAUACACUUUGAAAGAGCAUCUCGAUAUUUUGAUUGCAGACGAUUCAACUGUACUACUUCGUUGUCCUUUGGUAAACAAAAUGGCAGAACUAUCGGAGGAUGAGACUAAAGAGAGACUGUUAUUUAGGGAACUCUCGGACAAGUUAUUUCUUGCAGUCGUUGCUGUUCCACCGCAUACAUUUGACAUAAUUGAACACUUAUUUCAUAUGGCACAAAACCCCUAUGAAUAUAUUCAGACGUACAUUAGUUGUGUGUUACCAAUCAUAAGAGAGACAAAUCCCUUCGGUCUAUUUACUCUAUUAAAAACAAUGGCGGAUGAGGAAAUCACAAGUCGGAUGUUGAAAGGAUUUGAGCUUAGCUAUGAUAAAAUGUGGAUGGAUUAAGAACUAUAAUAGAUAAAUAAGACACUUGUGAAUACUUUGCAGACCCACUGGAAAGAAACUUUACUUGUCGUUUACUCACAUGCCAUCGUUACAUUCUUGUUUAAGACAACUGCAUUGUAUAUACAUGUACUAGCAUGUUAUAGUUCAUACCGAUGUAACUUAGUAAACAUUUUUCAACUUAUACUGCGCUAUCCAUAGUUACAGUGAGGGGUGUACCCGUUCGGUUUACUCAAGACAUGGAAUGGAGAAUACGAAUAGCUUAAAUGUGUCUUUUAACAAAAGCGAGGGGACAUUUUUUUUCUGAUGCAAUUCGUUCUCAAAAUGUAAUUGAAGGUAGUGCGUCCGUUACGACAGUCAGGCUAUUCUUAUACGUUUGUUUAUUUAUUCUCCUUAGGCA